AACUACCACUCCAAAUAAAUAAAUCUAAUACAAAAUAAUUAAUAAGUAAUAAAAUACUACACCGGAAAGAGAACUAUUUAUUGAAGAUUUUUCCAAAAAAUUAUUAAAAACUAAAUUCGCCCUUUUGGAUUAUAAAAUCAAGUGGUUAUGCCGGCCGGAACCGUAGACACCUCUUACAUAACCCUAGAUUUUUAAAAAACCGCAGCUAUGGCAAUAAAUUUCAAAGACGAGGCCGAAGUGAAGAAGUUUAUAACAAAUUUAGGCAUCGAAUAUCGUUUCGGAUGCUACAGCGAGAAAAGGUCCGAAGUCUGCCAUUUGCUAGGCGAUUACCUGGAGGCGAUCGACAAAGACUACAAGAAAGCUUCGAAAGUGUACAAGACCAACUGCGACGAGUACAAGUACCCGAGAAGCUGCUACAAGUACGCCACAUACUCCCUGCUCGGUAAGGGCUGCAAGCAGAACUACCACGACGCGUACCGAUACUUCGAGCAGGGUUGUAAUUUGGAUCAUCCCGAGUCGUGCCUGCAUCAGGGUCUGUUGAAGGUGACGAAGCACGAUUCGUCCGACAUACCGAUUGACAUUUUAAAGGGGAUGCAGCUGCUGGAGAAAGCGUGCGCGGCGAAGAACGCGAACGCAUGCUACUACCUUUCCGGCAUGUACAUAUCGGGCGUACGUAAACCGGACGUCAAGGUGAAACACCACGAGAAAGUCGGCGACGACGCCUACGAGGUGAAGAAGAACAUGGAGGAGGCGUUCAAGUACGCGGAGCACGGCUGUAACUUGGGCCACAUUUACAGCUGCUCGAAUCUGAGCCAAAUGUACAGCAAAGGCGACGGGGUGGUCAAGGACGUCGCGCUUGCCGAGAAGUACCGGAAGAUCGCCUUGGAGAUGCAGGCGGAGAUUCAGUCGACGAAAACGCUAGAAUUCGGACAGGGGAUUAAAAAUUAGGGCGUCUUUUCGUUUUAUUUAUUAAUAUAGACUUCGAUUAUAUACAAAAUAAAAAUGUACAUUUCUAUUCA